AUGGGCGUCAAGGGAGAGCCUAUCCAUGUUGUCGUCCAAGAAUCUACUCGGUCGCUUGUCUUUCGCUGGGUCAAGUUUUUCGCUACCUUCAUCGUAUUCACCUAUCUGUGCUUUGCAGCCGUGACAAUCCUGAUUGAGACGCUGAGCACCUUUAGACGUGGCCCUGGUGCCAAGGCCGACUCUGAGGUCAAGGCUGAAAAACAGACAACUCGAUUUGACGAUGUCCACGGAUGCGACGAGGCCAAAGAAGAGCUACAGGAGGUUGUCGAAUUCCUCCGCAACCCCGAAAGUUUCUCCGACCUCGGUGCUAAGCUGCCCAAAGGUGUUUUGCUGGUUGGUCCCCCCGGUACUGGAAAGACGCUUCUCGCUCGUGCUGUUGCCGGAGAAGCUGGCGUUCCUUUCUUUUACAUGUCCGGCAGUGAAUUUGAUGAAAUCUUUGUCGGUGUUGGAGCCAAACGCGUUCGGGAACUGUUUGCUGCGGCCAAGGCCAAGUCUCCUGCUAUCAUCUUCAUUGACGAACUGGAUGCGAUUGGCGGAAAGCGUAACCCAAGGGAUCAAGCUCAUUCCAAGCAGACCUUGAAUCAAUUGCUCACAGAACUUGAUGGAUUCGACACGGAUACAAAGAUUAUCAUCAUGGCAGCUACCAACUUGCCCAAGCUUCUUGACAAGGCUCUUACUCGACCUGGAAGAUUCGAUCGACACAUCAACGUGGAUUUGCCGGACGUUCGCGGCCGCAUCGCCAUUUUGAAGCACCAUGCCAAGAAGAUUAGGCUGUCACCCGACGUGGACCUUGAAGCCAUUGCUGCACGCGCUCCUGGACAAUCUGGUGCUGAUCUUGAGAACAUGCUCAACGUCGCGGCGCUACGCGCUAGCAGGGCAAAGGCUCGCGAGAUUUCUAAGAACGACAUUGACUGGGCAUUUGACCGGAUCACCAUGGGGGCAGAGAGAAAGUCAAUGGUUGUGACGGAGAAAGAAAAGGAAAUGACGGCAUACCACGAGGCCGGCCACGCUCUUGUCCAACUAUUCGAAAAGGAAAGCUCCAACAGACUCUACAAGGUUACGAUUCUUCCCAAGGGUCCGUCCCUAGGCCAUACUGCCCAUGUUCCCGCCAUGGAUAAGUACUCUUACACUGCGGCCGAAUACAUGUCCAACAUCCGCGUGCUCCUCGGAGGCAAGAUGGCAGAAGAAAUGCGAUACGGUGAUGACAAAGUCACUUCAGGUGUUUCCAACGUAAGCUUAGCUUUUCCCUACUGCCUUGACAAAUAUGCGUGCUAA